GAGGCAAUGGUUAAAAGUCAAGCCAUUGGCAAGGGAAUUUUGACUAGUGCAGACAUGAAGCCUGUGUUGUACUGUGUUUUGGCGUUUUGCUUGGUUCUCACUCCGGCCAUUGGGAGAAGACAUGACAACCACGACGAGUUGGCGGUGUUCUGGGAGGUACUGGAGGCAGUAUCUGCAAGUUUAGAUUACCCUUCUGACUGGGUCGCCAAAAUAAAGCAUCCUCUUCUCGUACACGACGUUCCUGCGGUCACCCUCAAAGAGUUACAACUGAUCGGCGAUAUCCAGAUCAAGGCUUUCAUCGACAUCGGCAAAUGCUACGUGGAUCGUUUCGGAGAGUUCCUCAAGGACAACGAGCAGGCUCUUUACAAGAUAGCUAAGAAAUGCCACGGCGAUCUCUUGUGUGUCGUCAACACGGUUGCGUUAAAAUAUGAGAACAAGAUAGUCGAGUUGAUACUGGCCAGCGUGAAAAAACUGGGGGUGAUUUUGAUAGAACGUAUCGAGGUCGCCCUGGAAGAAGUAUGUGAGACAGAGUUCCUCAUCACCAGGAAACUCCUCGAGAUACUCAAAGCAUUUUCUCUUAUUUUCUGAAUUGAUUAUGUCGUUGGGUGAAUAAAAUGUACGCUAUGGA